CUUUUUUAGCAAAGUUUGACCUCAAAAUUUUCACCUGAGCCAUUCAAUUCAACCACUUUUGAAGAAAAUAACAGACCAAAUUCUUCCACCUAAACCCAAAACAACUCCUCUUAAGAUCCAUCUCAACUCCUAUCAAUCUCCUUCACAAAAAAUACACACACAAAAACAAGAACAAACCAAAUGAAAUCCACUUUUUUUCCCUAUUCUCUUCAUUUUCAUAACCCAUUUCUCGUUUUUUGUUGUUGUCCAUUGUGUUUUCACUCAAAAGUUUUGUCGAGAAACUGAAGACGGUUCGUGCUAUGGAGAAGGAACACGAAGGUUUUCGAGCUAGAUUUUUUUCAUCUUAAGACAAACGUAUGAGAAUACAGACAAACACGCUUAGCGCUUGAGUAUAGAGACAGCCAGAAUGUUGGACUACAGCAUCGAUGAAGAGUUGUCGAUGUCGAAAAGACAGGGUUGGACACUACUUCGUAACAGCUCGGCUGUAAAAUGCCAAGCCAUGCCACCAUUGGCACCAUCGAAUUGGCCCGAAAGGGGUUUGAAACCGAAGUUGAGCAGCAAGGACCACAAUGCUGCCAAUGAUAAGGAAGCAUUAGACCCGCUCGACAUAGAAAUGGAACAGAUGAAAGAGAGGUUUGCAAUGUUGCUCUUAGGGGAAGACAUGACUGGGGGAGGGAAGGGUGUUUCCUCAGCCUUGGCAUUGUCUAAUGCUAUCACAAACCUUGCCUCUUCUGUCUUUGGUGAACAAUGGCGUCUUGAGCCAAUGUCACCUGAAAGAAAAACAAGAUGGCAAAAAGAAAUCGAUUUGCUCUUAUCCGUUACGGAUUACAUCGUAGAGCUUGUUCCUUCACAGCAGAAAUCCAAGGAUGGAACAAAUAUGGAGAUAAUGGUGACCCGCCAACGAAAUAACUUGCGCUCGAACAUCCCAGCUUUGAGGAAGCUUGAUGCUAUGUUAAUUGAGUGUCUGGAUAACUUUAAAGAUCAAAAUGAGUUCUACUAUGAAGCAAGAGGUGCUGAUGAUUCAGAGAAAGGAAAUAACAAAAAGAAGCUACCAACAGUCAUAGUUCCUCCAAAUGGUUUAUCUGAAGCGUCGAGAAAGUUUCUGCAGUACCAGAAGGAUUGUGUCAACCAAGUUCUCAAAGCAGCCAUGGGGAUAAAUGCUCAAAUCAUAUCAGAAAUGGAGAUGCCUGAAGACUACAUUGAAUCUCUCCCUAGAAAUGGAAGGGUAAGCCUAGGGGAUUCCAUCUACAGAAGUAUAACAGUUGAGUUCUUUGAUCCUGAUCAGUUUCUUUCCAGCAUGGACUUAACAUCAGAUAAUAAGAUCCUAGACCUCAAAAAUAGAAUUGAAGCUUCCAUAGUGAUUUGGAAGAGGAAGAUGAACCAGAAAGAUGGAAAAUCUACCUGGGGUCCGGCAGUGAGCUUGGAGAAGAGGGAAAUUUUUGAAGAGAGAGCUGAGACCAUCUUGCUUAUACUUAAGCACCGCUUCCCUGGCGUCCCACAAUCUUCACUAGAUGUCAGCAAAAUUCAACUCAAUCGGGUAAUAGAAUGCACCUUCCUUGUCUAUAAUCUCAUCUGAAAUCAUUAACAUUUGUGUGUGCUUGUUCAUCUCAAGUUAUGUGUUUGCUAACCUUUCUGCAGGAGC